UCCUUCUGACUGCCCUUCUGGCCUCCGUCUCAUCGGCCCUCUGCAGCUGUAUUUCCAUCUUACAACAGUGAACCUCCAUCACUCAGGAUGGACUCCAGACCCCCCAACCUGCCGCUGCUUCUCCUCACCUGCCUCCUACAUUUCUGGCAGUGUGGCAGAGGACAGUCAUCAUACAUUAUAGACGACGUUGGCCUCACAGUCCUGCCCAGCAACACAGUUGAGAGCGGGACGCCGGUGACCCUGCGCUGUCAAGUCAAAGUCAGCCACGACAACAUCCCUAACCUGGAGCACACUUUCCAGCUCACACAGGAUGACAGUCCCAUCCACUCCGUAACCACCACAAAAGACUCAGUCGUAUAUGAGCUCAACCCAGCCAGGGCAGCGGACUCUGGAAGUUAUGAGUGUCGGGUCACUGUCAAGGACAAGAGCAAAACCAGCCGCAGCCAAAAACUCGACGUCACAGGCCUGCAGACCCCUAUUCUGUAUUUGAAUAAGACUGGACCCUAUCAGGGUGAAGAGUUCACAGCCACCUGCAGUGCUCCGGAGGAGAAAGGAUCCCUCAUCUUCCGGUUUUACCAGAGAUCUAGGGACGGAGCCCUUAACAGGAUAAAGCAGCCAGCGCCUACUGGGAACACAUCUGAGACCACACUGGUCCUGAGAGAGAUUGGAGACAGCUUCCUGUACUGUGACUAUGAGGUCAAUUUGGUUUCUGGGGCCAGGAGCUCCAACCGCAGCAAUGAAAUUCAAGUGAUAGUUAAAGGACUUUACAUUUCCCCGAUCAUGAAUGUGCUGCCCUCCAGAGAAGUCUUUGAGGGUGAUGUAAUAGAAGUGGUCUGCAAAGUGGUGAGUCCACUGAGGAACAUUGAAGUAUUCCUGACGAAGGACAGCAGGGUCCUCAAGCAAGCACCGGUCAGCCUCAGUCAUCGAUUCACCGCAGAAGAAGGCGACUCUGGGAAACUCGUGUGCAAGGCAGAGUGGGGCAACGUGCAGAAAGAAUCCAGUCUAACUAUCACAGUUAAAGAGCUGUAUUCAAAGCCACAACUGACUGUGACGCCCACAGACAUCUUUGAGGGAGACCGCUUCAAACUCACCUGCUCAGUCUCCAUUCAUGUUCCUGAGAAGAUCAGCAAUAAAAGCAUGAAGUUCUCCAUCUACAAAGAUGGAGUCAAACUCACCAGUGGAGACACAUACAGCACUGUGGCAAAACCUAUAAAAAACGGCAAAUACACCUGUAAAGCCCAGGCUGCUACUCUUACGCACAGCUUUGUAAAAGAAAGCCAAACCCUUGUUGUGAAAGCAAAAGUUCCUGUUUCAAAACCCAUGCUGAGUGUGGUGGGGGGUACGCUGGUGUUGGGAAAGCACUUCCAGCUGCUCUGUCAAAGCGACAAUGGCACUCUGCCCAUCACAUACACCCUGCGUGGCCCUAACAAGCUGUAUGAUCCCAUGGUGGUGACACAGCCGGGGCAACAGGCCAUCUUUAACUCCUCACCCAUUAAAAAGAUUUCUGACUUAAAAAGCUUUAAGUGCCAUGCGCAAAACAGUCCAAACAGGCCUCCCAUGAAUGAAACAGGGGUGCAGCUGCUGCAUUUAAAGAUCAUAGAGCCUGUGUCAGUACCAAAGUUGACCGUGCUCCCCAGCAUGGGGGUUGUCUCCGAGGGCCAGGACGUGGCUCUUGUCUGCUCUGUUGACAGAGGAUCUCCUCCCAUCAGCUUCAUGUGGUACCUCACUGAGACAAAGAGUGCUCUCGCCUUCCAGAACUCCAAGGAACAGGCAGCAUCCUUCUACAUCAACAACGUCAGACGUGAGCACCAAGGGGGAUACUACUGUAUGAGCACCAACGCAGCCAACGAAACCCAACAAAGCCCCACUGUCAUGAUUGGAGUGAAGAUGGCUGGCUGGAAGAAAGGCCUCAUCGCUCUUGUGGUCUUAUGCAUCCUGUUCGUACUGGCAAUGAUCCUCAUUUUGGCCUUUAAGAGACGCCUCCUUCUGUUCAAGAGGAAAAGAACUGGCGAGCUGUCAGUGAAGUCAGCCAGCACUAAAGUGGAGCGGCUGAGCCUCACCCAGGCGGAGGUCAAUGAGGCUGCCAAUGUCACCCCAGGCAUGAUCGGAAAGAGUGUUUGGAGUGAACAUACAUCAGGCUCUGAGUCUGACGACCAGAAUAGUGUGACCGCUCCGGAAAAGCCGCCAGAACCUCAAUACACUGAGGUGCAGACCAGACAGGCAGAUCCAAACAGAGCUCCGGUGAAAGUGGGCACAGACACGGUGUACAGCGAAGUGCGGAACUCCAAGCAAGGUGUUCUAGAGCAGGCCGAUGGUCAGGGGUCAUUGGAGUAUGCACAGCUGAAUCAUGACACCAAUCCCCACAGUGACCACGGUAACCAUAGUGACCACAUUGUCCAGGAUGACCACUUAGAUGAGAUUGACGACAGUGUUCACAUCGACACCGCCGACCACAGGGAAUGAAAACACAACCCGACGCCAGAUUGUUAACUGGCCGACGAGAAUAUUUAUUCCCUUAUUUAUCCGGCUCAUUAAUGCAGCUGGAGUCUUUUGUUUCGGAAAGACCUUAAACAGCUCUCAGCAUUUAUGUACUUUUUGCAAUGCUUUGCAACGAACAUCCCACACUGUCAGUUCACUCGCUUUGCCUUUGAAGGGCAAAUAAAAUGUUUUUGUAAGUUGAA